GUUCAUCAGAGAACACACACAGGAGAGAAGCCGUAUUACUGCUCUGACUGUGGAACUAGUUUCGCUAAAUUUUCCCACUUAAAAACACAUGAACGAAUACAUACAGGAGCGAAGCCUUAUUCCUGCUCUGACUGUGGAAAAUGCUUCAAAACAUCAACUGAGCUAAAAGUUCAUCAGAGAACACACACAGGAGAGAAGCCAUAUUACUGCUCUGACUGUGGAACUAGUUUCUCUAAAUUUUCCCACUUAAAAACACAUGAACGUAUACACACAGGAGCGAAGCCUUAUUACUGCUCUGACUGUGGACAAUGUUUUAAAACAUCAACUCAGCUAAAGGUUCAUCAGAGAACACACACAGGAGAGAAGCCUUUCUUCUGCCCUGACUGUGGAACUAGUUUCUCUCAACUUUCCCACUUAAAAUCACAUGAACGUAUACAUACAGGGGAGAAGCCUUACUCCUGCUCUGACUGUGGAAAAUGUUUUAAAAAAUCAAAUGAGCUAAAAGUUCAUCAGAGAACACACACAGGAGAGAAGCCUUACGUCUGCGCUGACUGUAGAAAAUGCUUCACAACAUCAACUCAUCUAAAAGUUCAUGAGAGAACACACACAGGAGAGAAGCCCUAUUACUGCUCUGGCUGUGGAAAAUGUUUUAAAACAUCAAAUGAGCUAAAAGUUCAUCAGAGAACACACACAGGAGAGAAGCCUUACGUCUGCUCUGACUGUGUAAAAUGUUUUAAAACAUCAACUCAGCUAAAAGUUCAUCAGAGGACUCACACAGGAGAGAAGCCUUUCUUCUGCUCUGACUGUGGGGCGAGUUUCUCUCAUCUGGGCACCUUAAAAUCACACCAACUUAUACACACAGGAGAGAAGCCUUAUGUCUGCUCUGACUGUGGAAAAUGCUUCAAAACAUCAACUGAGCUAAGAGUUCAUCAGAGAACACACACAGGAGAGAAGCCGUAUUACUGCUCUGACUGUGGAACUAGUUUCUCUAAAUUGUCCGACUUAAAAACACAUGAACGAAUACAUACAGGGGAGAAGCCAUACUCCUGCUCUGACUGUGGAAAAUGUUUUAAAACAUCAAAUGAGCUAAAAGUUAAUCAGAGAACACAUACAGGAGAAAAGCCUUACUCCUGUUCUAACUGUGGGGUGAGUUUCUCUCGACUGGAUACCUUAAAAACACCAACAUAUACAUGAGGAGAGAAGCCAUACUCCUGCUCUGCCUGUGUAAAAUGCUUCAAAACAGCAACUGAGCUAAAAGUUGAUCAGAGAACACGCGCAUGAGAGAAGCCUGCUUACAUCUUCUCUGACUUUUGGGUGAGUUUCUCUCACCAUAGCAACUUAACACACCAAUGUAUACACACAGGGGAGGAUCCUUACUCCUGCUCUGUGGAGGGGUGGGCGUGUAAGUCAAACGUCUAGCCAAAGGCUGCGUGUUUGAGUCUCAUCAAGGAGGACUUUAGCAUUUUAGCUAAUUAGCAACUUUGCAACUUCUUACUACUUUUUAGCUAUGUCAGCAUGUUAGCUUAGCAUGCAACUACUUAGCAUGUUAGCUAACCUUUCCCCUAAACCCAUUUAACUCUACCUUAAACCCCUAACCUAGCUAACGUUAGCAACAACAAAUUGGAUUUCGUAACACAUCAUACAUAUUACUAGUUCGUAACAUAUUGUAUGAAUAGCAAUGCGUAAAAUAACAUACGAAUUGUAAUUCUUAACAUCUGAUACGUCCUACAAGUCGUAUUAUACUGGACAACAAUCUAAACGCAACAAUUUCAAAGAUUUACAGUUUGUCUAAGGAAAUCAGUCAAUUGAAAUAAAGGAAGCCCUAAUCUAAGGAUUUUACAUGACU